CAACACUCGCCCUUUGCGCUUCUUUCCAAAACAGAUACGGAAGAAAACAAACUAAACGUGACAUAUUUACAGUUAUGACUGGAGAAACUGGUUUCUAGAAAACUUGUUUUAUCACCCUCUGGGACACAGGGAGUGUAACGUUCGCGCACCAGCACGCUUAAUAGUUGGUGACAACAACAACCAACAAACUGCGAACUUAGCGCUAGCUGAAAGAAGAAGCUAACCACGGUAGACCAUCUUGGCGCGAUUUUGAUGAAGAGCGUUAGCUAACUUAUACUUAACAACAAGAUGGACUGCAGCACAGCUGAUGUGGCACACGACUCCCCAGGAAACAGCGGCUCCUGCUCUGAUGAUGAAGUGCCUCUCUCAAAGCUCCUGAAGAAGCCACUCAGGGAGGGGAAACAGUCACGUGGAAACGGGCACAGAUCCAGCACUAACUCAGCAAAGGACAAAAGUGCUUCGGGUGACUCUUCAGAUGACGAGCCUUUAAUAAAAAAGAAAACUGCACCAGCUAAAAAAACAGAGAAAAAAGGCAACAAGUCAAUCAGGUCUAAUGGCACAAAUGACAAGAAAACAGAUAUGAACUCAGAAGAUAGCUCCGAUGAUGAGCCACUCGUAAAAAUUGCCAAAAAGUCCUCUAAAGCUGCAAAGAAGACUUCCCGAGGGCGUCCAAAAAAAACUGUCAAUUCAAAGAAGAAAGAAUCGCUGGAUGGCGAUAAUAGCUCGGACGAUGAGCCUUUGACUGAACUCCGCAAGAAAAUUUACCCGAAGCGAAAGGCCUCUGGCACUCCGCCGGUGAUAAAAUCCAAAAGGAACGCAGGGAGGGUAAAGGUUAAAUAUGCAGAGCCUUCCAGUGACAGCUCGGAUGAUGUACCGCUGGCAGCAGUGACGAGGAAGAAGACGCAGGCUCCUAAAGAGCAAAGAAAUGCAGCAAACAGCAAGAAAACUAAACCUAAAGACAAAUCACGAAAAGACCCUUCAUCCUCAGACAGCUGCUCAGAUGAUGAUGAUGACGACGACGACGACGAAGACUACAAGGACGUGCCCUUGGUGAAGCUCGUUGCCAAGAAGAAGAAGCCAGAGAAGAAAAACACAAAGAAAGCAACUGCGUCAAGAAAGAGACGAGGACUCUCCGAUGAAAGUUCAGAUGACGAACCCUUGAUUAAUAUGGUGAAAAAGAAACGCACAGACAAACGAUCGCAAAAUAAACCGAAGGCUUCACCUCCGAAGGCUUCACCUCCGAAGAAGAAGAAGAAAAACACAACUCCCAAAAAGCCAAGAAAGACGUCUGAGUCAGAGUCUUCAAGGAACAGUUCAGACGAUGAAACUUCAACCAAGGCAGCUAAACACCCACAAGUGACCAAAAUCCUGAACAUUAUACUAGAGAGGUGUGAUGGUGAAGAAGCUGGGGACGCAGGGAGCCUGAACAAAACCAGGAAAGAAACACAGAUUGACAAGAAGACGUCGAGGGAGGAGUCUGAGGAAUCACCAGAAGAAGAAUAGGCAGCAACCUUUCAGCUGGACGGCCAAGUUCAAAGCACUUAGUAGUUAAAAGUUUAAAGGACUUCCUAAAGAGUAAAUCCCUCGGAGAGGCGCCUCUUGAAAAAAAAAAAAUUACACUUAGUGUUCAUGUUAAGUGUCUUUUAUAUACAGUGCAUACAUAUUAAUUUAAGGUGUUGAUAUUUUUACUCUCGUUUUUAAGUUUGGGACCCGUUUUUGUAGUUUCCCAAAAGAUUUUAUGCACAGUCUUUGAUGUUAUUUCACUUUUUGUGCAUAUCGUUUGCAUUGCCCGUCUCCUCUGGCUUUAAUGUUUUUUAAAAAAGAAAAUAAUUUACCGCUCAUUGAUAUUAACUUACAUCUCUGCUUUCAUAUGAAUUGUACUCUUAGCAUGCCGCAGGGACAUACUGUUGUGUUGGAUUAAACUGCUUUCACUGUGACAUUCAUAACAGAUAAAUCGGUCUCUAUUUGCCAC